GACAUCUUCCUGUUCAAACAGGGUUCACAGUGAACAAACAUUCAAAGUCCAAACCAGUGCAGUCAACAAGCCUGUCUCCACAGCCUUUUCCACAGGUUUCCCCUCUGACAGGACCGUAGUAAAUCCACACAGCAUGGAGCUGUCUCCUCCUCCCACAAGGUUAGAAGCUGAGAGUGCAGCCCUUUUCACCACCGGAUCUCUUCACUUCCUGCAUGAGCUGAUCUCCACGUUUGAUGAGGAGGUGGAGAAGAUCCUCCAGCUGAGAGUGUCCAGAAAGGCUCACCUGGAUCUUUCGGGUGAACUCCCAAAUUUCCUGGAAAGCACCGCACACAUAAGGGCAGACCCAGACUGGAGGGUUCUCCCGGUCCCUCCCAGGCUCCAAAACAGGCAUGUGGACAUUGGAGACAUGGCCCCCUGUGAUACCGCACGCUUCAUCAGGGCUCUGCAGUCUCCAGCACAGGGCAUACAGGUUGACUUUGAUGAUGGGAACUGCCCAACGUUCCACAACCAGAUCAAAGGGAUUCACAACGUCAUUCUGGCAGUGAACAGCCGACUCCCUGGGGCCCCACACAUCUCCCGGGCCCCAGUGCUGAUGUUGCGUCCCCGGGCCUGGAACAUGGUGGAGCACAACAUGAUGGUGGAGGGAAAGGAAGCUCCUGGUCCUCUGUUUGACUUUGGCCUGCUCAUGUAUCACUGUGGAAGGACGCUGCUUGAACACCAGAGUGGACCAUUUUUCUACCUGUCAAAGGUGGAGAGCCUGGUGGAGGCCAGGCUGUGGAACAACAUCUUCAUCUGGACACAACAGAAGCUGGGUCUUCCACUGGGCUGCAUCAAGGCGACGGUGCUGAUAGAAAACGUGUUGGCAACAUUUGAAAUGGAGGAGAUUCUCUAUGAGCUGCGGGAACACUCAGCAGGGCUCAACUGUGGCAUCUGGGAUUACUCUGCUUCCUUCGUCAAUAAGUUUGGUCACCGUCAGGACUUCCUGCUGCCAGACCGCAGCAAGUACGUGAACAUGGAGAAACGUUUUCUGCGGAGCUACAUGGACCUGCUGGUUCAGACGUGUCAUAGACGGGGAGCGCUGGCCACAGGAGGCAUGGCUGCUCCGCUGCUGCCUCACCGCCAGCACACACACUCCUACAGCACAGUGCUGGCCUCUGUGGAAAGGCUGAAGUUAUUGGAAAUCAAGGCAGGUGUUGAUGGCUUCAUGGUGUACGACAUGAAUUUGAUUAAAUCAAUGCAAGAACUGUUUGAGCUUCACACUGAGGGAGACAACCAGCUGCACCGGCUGCGGGACGAUGUCAGCGUGACUCCUGAGGACCUGCUGUCCAUGCCCUCUGGAGGAGUCACUCUUUAUGGGCUGAAGUAUAACAUUGCAGUGGGUGUCCUGUUUAUUAAUGCGUGGCUAUCAGGUAAAGGCCAUUUUUUCUACAGAGGCCAGGUGGAAGACUCAGCCACUGCAGAGAUUUCUAGAUCCCAGGUAUGGCAGUGGAUCCGACACCAGGCUCGGCUGGAGGACGACAGCAGGGUGGUGAGCAGGCAGCUGGUCACUGAACUCACCAAAGAGCUCAGCACUGAACUCAGCCGUCUGUGUCCCUCUGAAAGGACGGAACAGAGGUUACACACGGCAGCAGACAUGUUCCUGGAAGUGGUUCUGAAGAGACAUUUCCCAGAGUUCAUCACUUCUUACCUGAACUUGGACCACACUUUUCUCACCUCCCAGAACCUGAGAGAGGAGGAGAAGGAGGAGGCGGUGGAAAUAGGAAGACAGCGAGCCAAACUGUGAGGGGCAGCCAGGAGCAGAGUGAUGGAAAACCAACAGACCUAAAAGUCAUGCAGCUGAUUCUGUGUAACGCAAUCCUUCAGAGAAAUGUGCCAAUAGAUUUCCCUUACUAGUCCAGCUCAGGCAUUCAAAAUUACCAAUCAGGAAAUGACUCCAAAUGUGAGACUCUUCAUACAGCAAAACAACAUGAAGGGUUAAAUUAGCUAAAAGUGAUAGGUCUGUAUAUUAAAAUGUACAGUAUUUAAUCAAUGAUUCUGAAUCAGUCUCAAAACUGUGAAUACCAAACUAAUAUGUGAUCGCCUACAAGUUUAACUGUGAGCUAACAGCAGGCUAAAUUCUAUCAAAACUGAACUUUAGAUAAUCAAUGCAUGACACCAGACAGCAGAGGCUUGUGUGUUUUAAACAAGAUUAAAACACACAAUUAUAGGAUAAUAAUAAUCAUGGCUACCAACAUAAAAUUAAUCCAGAAAUAAAAAGUUCUGGUUCUGCUGGAGGUUUCUUCCUGUUAAAGGGGAGUUUCUUUCCUCUCCACUGUCAUUAUAUGCAUGUUCAGUAUGAGGGAUUGCUGUAAAGUCAAUGAUUUGAUGCAAUCUGCUGGGUUUUCCUACAGAAAAAAAUGUUUAUAAUUUGAACAAUAAACGGAGCUUAAUCUGUUUGA